ACUGUUUCGAUCAGCUGCUUCCGGUUGGCUCUGCUGUUCGGUUGUUUAAUUGAGCUAGUUUAAGUUAUAUUGAGCAAAUCUUGUUUUCAAUAUAUUAAACAAAUUGCAUAUAAACUGCAGUUGCAACCACAAUACAGCAGCAACGGCAUUUCGUAUAUCAAAAUAGCGCUUCCAUUGAUAACUACUACAACACUAUACAGAGGGCUGGAGGGAAGCACCCUGUGUAUUUCUGAGUGACGCAGUUACACAACGCCAAAGCAAGAGAAAUCCCAAAAUUAUCAGUCUCUGGACGAGUAGGCCUCGGGCGGCACAACUACAAAUAAAGCAUUGCACACAGCACGACCCACUCACGAGAUUGCGAGUGUGAAGGGGGAAGUUCAGUUCACGGACAAGAUUUUCGCUUUCGUUGCGUGACAGCGCCCUCUAGAAUCCUUUUACUUUCGCUCAGUUGCUGUCAAACUGUUGCAGUCAUCAUGGUUCUCACUGCGUCCACUUGUCGCACGGAGACGGUUUUCGACUACAGCUGGAAGCAUGUAGUCUCUGCCUAUUGGAACCGUUACCCCAAUCCUUCCAGUUCUCAUGUGCUUACCGAGGACACAAUUAGGCGCGAGGUGCGCGAUGGUAAAUUGUAUUCGCGUCGGCUGCUCUCCAAAACAAAUCCGGUGCCCAAGUGGGGUGCACGUUUCUACAACAAUGUGCCGGUCAAAAUUGUUGAGGAUUCUGUGUUGGAUCCGGUGAAGAAGACAUUCACCACAUUCACCCGCAAUCUGGGUAUGAAGAAGAUCAUGAAAGUGGACGAAAUUGUUGUUUAUAGCGAGCAGAGAGAUGGUCGCACUUUGGCCGUGCGUCGUGCUUUUAUCAGCUCGCAGGUAUUUGGCUUCUCGCGUGCGAUACGCGCUUUUGGCAUUGAGCGCUUCAAAUUGAACGGCAACAAGGCAUCGAGUGGCUUCAAUUAUGUUCUGCGUCGCAUGUUUCCCCAGCAUCAGCUGCAGGCAGCAGCAUCAACGGUAAAUCCACAACAAAACACAGCGGAUGUGGCCUUGGCAACAACAACCAAUCACAGCAGCAGCAGCAAAUCGGAAUCGCUCAAAAGAACAGCCAAAGUUGGCUACGAGUUCUGCAAAAGUCAUGCGAGCAAAAUUGCCCAAUUAUUUUCAGUGCGUAACUGAGAUUGAAACGUCUCAACUGAAACAGCGGAAUCGGCACAAGAUGACGGAACGAGAGUCGACUAACGCAGCAGCAUAUAUAUAUAUAACACACUUGUAUCUGCAUGCACAAAUGUAUUCCAAACAAUCGCAUACUGAACUAUUUGCUGCAUUUCAUUCCGAGUGUGUGUAAAGGAGAAUGCUGAACACACUCACAAACACUCAUACAUUAAAGCAUCUCCGAUCUUUAUGGGAGUCUUGCUCGCAGGAAAAAAGAGUAAUUUUUUGUUAUUGUAAAAAUGCGGUCUUUUAUGUAAUAUAAUAUUGUACAUACAUACAUAAAAUAAAUGAGUAGGUUAAAAAAUAAAAAAUAAAAAAAUAUUCAACUCCGAAUAC